AUGACUCCAUCAAGAAGCUUGGAAAACGGGGAGAAGCAGAUGAACUGGAAUGAAUCACCUCAGACUGCGAGUCCGAAGAAUGUACUUCGUGAUUCUAACAGCAACGGCAAUUAUGUCAAUGGACAUGGCACGAAUAUCAACGGCGAUGGUAGUGAUGGCGUUGGAAAUGGCAUUAAUGCCAAUGGAAGUGCGACAAAAAUAAAUGGAAAUGGCACGUAUACUAAUGGAAAUGGGGCUCAUACUAACGGGAAUGGUGUUCAUACUAAUGGCCAUGGAAUCUCGCUCGAAUCUCAAACGUCUGAUUCGAAGGUCCAUUCAACAAGCAAAUUCAAGGAGGAGUUCAGGGCCAUCUGCGCGAAAGUCCUCAAAAUCGAUAUUGAGGAGUUAGACGAUACUUGCUCUUUUGUUUCUUUGGGAGGCGAUUCUAUAUCGGCUAUCAAGCUUGUAACGGAAUGCGAGGUGAGGGGCAUAGAGUUGAAGACUGUUGAUGUUAUUAGUACACAUACGAUUUCGGGGCUGUUCGCUACAGCAAAUUUUCGGCCCUUCGGAAAACAUAGCAACGGCAAAACUGGUAUCAGCUACAGCCGUAAUCAGGAGGACGAUGACCCUUCGCCAUUCGCGUUAUGGACCGCUCACCGGGAUUCAGAUUUAAUCGAGAAACGGCAGCGACUGGAGGAGAUCGCGGUGUUAUGCGGUGUUGAAACCGAAGAGAUUGAGGAUGUUUACCCUUGCACACCUUUGCAGGAAGGUUUGAUAGCAAUAACUACGCGGCAGCCAACAGCGUACGUGCAGCGUCGUGUAUGCCGUCUGACGAACGAAAUUGACUUGGAGCGAUUUUGGGCAGCUUGGGAGACGCUAGUUGCAAAUGUGGCCAGUCUACGAACCCGAAUAAUCAUGGGGCCUGGUGGCCAAUCACUGCAGGUGGUAAUCCGCGAAAAGUUGUUAUGGCGGCGAGGAUCGAAUUUGGGAAGAUAUCUAUCGCGGGAUCGUGCUGACGGAAUGAUGCUCGGACAGCCGCUGGCACGGUUUGGUCGGAUACAAGAGGAAACCGGAAGUUUUUUUGUUUGGACAGCACAUCACAGUAUUUUUGACGGGUGGAGCGCAUUAUUACUUUACCGACAACUUUUAGCAAUUUACCAGCAAAGUUACGUUCCUCGUCUGGUACCCUUCUCCCGGUUCCUUCGCUACCUUGCCGAGCAAGAUUCUACAGCUGCAACACGAUACUGGCACAGUCAGCUUCAUGGCGAUACAAUGGCAGAUUGGCCAGCAUUACCCAGUUCAAAUUACCAGCCACAACCGCAACAUGUAUUUCGAAGUAGUAUCAAUCUUCCACACGGGUACAAACCAGGAACGAUUAUGAUAUCUAACCUCCUACGAGCGGCUUGGGCUCUUGUUAUGGCGCAGUAUUCUGGUAACGAUGAUGUAAUAUUUGCUGUUACCGUCUCAGGUAGAAGUGCACCGGUGUCACAAAUAGCAGAUAUUAUUGCCCCUACGAUUACUACUGUUCCUGUCCGAAUACGUAUAGACCGCAGCAUGAGUAUCGCGGAAUUGUUACUGGAGAUCCAGAGCCAAGCGGCAAAGAUGAUUGAACAUGAGCAUACUGGCCUUCAAACGAUUAAAAAGCUGCUUCCUGAAUUCGGUACUGCAUUGGAGCUACGGAAUUUGCUCAUUGUACAGCCUGAAGCCGAGAGUGAUGAUUAUGUUUAUAAGGAGUUCCCUGGGCUCGAAGCUAUACGGGAAGCGAUGGAAGACUUCGACAACUACGGUCUCAAUGUCGAAUGCAUAUUGGGAAGCCAGUCAAUUGAAGUUCUGGUCAACUACGAUGAUCAUGUCAUCAAUACUAUGCAUUUACGGGAUGUUAUGGGACAGUUCACAUAUACAGUCCAAUGCUUGUGCAAUCCAUCGGUCAGCAAACUCUCAGUCAACGAUGUGGCUACGAUCAAGACAUCUGAUCAACAACGAAUCCUUGAAUGGAAUGAGCAUAUUCCUCCGAGCGUGGACAGGUGCAUUCACCAUCUGGUGCAAGAUCAAGUCAAUAUACAACCAGCUAAGCUCGCAGUCGACGCGUGGGACGGAAAAUAUACAUAUGCUGACUUGGCGAGAGAAAGCAUAAGCUUAGCUCACCACCUAGUUGGCCUCGGGUUAGGACCUGAACAACCAGUAGGACUCUGUGGCUCGGUCUUGCCAUUGGGUGUUUCGCAUCCGUUCGCUAGGACAAGUGGCAUUGUUCAAGAGGCUAAAGUUAGGAUCGUUUUGGUUGACGAGUCGCAGCGAACUGAGCUGGCUAAGUUGGCGACAACUCUGAUCGUGGUAGACUCGGAGCUCAUUGCAGCCUUGCCAUCUGAAGCGAAACCCCCUGAGACUGGGGUAACGCCUGAGAAUGUUGCGUGGAUUCUUUUCACAUCCGGAAGCACUGGGACCCCCAAGGGAGUGGUUUUACAACACGCAUCGCUCUGUACCAGUCUGAUAGGCCACGCAAAUACGGUAGGAAUCAACAAAUACACGCGAACCUUUCAAUUUGCCGCUUUCACGUUCGAUGUCAGUCUCUGCGACAUUUUCAGUACUCUCCAAGCCGGAGGAUGUGUCUGCAUGCCGUCUGAAGAUGAGCGCAUGAACUCAUUGGCAGAGGCUGCGAGUCGAAUGGAAGUCAAUUAUGCAGAACUCACUUCCACAGUGACGGAGACUAUAAGUCCAUCCCAGGUACCUUCAUUAGCCACUCUGGCUCUCAGUGGGGAGGCUCUAAAGCCUUCGGUUCUGUCCACUUGGGCAAGACACUCUAGUGUGUUUAACUCAUAUGGCCCGACCGAAUGCUCGAUUGUGGCGUCCAACAGCAAGCGAUUAUCAAAUGUUGAGGAGGCACAAAAUAUCGGAGGACCAAUGAGCUCAAUAUUCUGGGUUGUGCAGGCAGCUAACUUCCAUCAGCUAUGUCCCAUUGGGGCACCUGGUGAGCUCCUUAUCGAAGGUCCACUUCUUGCGAGAGGGUACCUGAAUGAUGAGGUAAAAACGGAAAAAGCAUUCAUUAUCGACCCUGACUUUACUAAGCAGCUGGGGUUGAGUCCUGGACGUCGUAUGUAUCGCACUGGUGAUCUUGUUCGUCAAAAUCAAGAUGGGUCACUUAUGUACUUGGGGCGCUGCGAUAGCACACAAGUCAAGGUUCGUGGACAGAGAGUGGAAGUAAGUGAAAUCGAGUAUCAAAUUUCACGCCAGCUACCCGAGAUUCAAACCGUGGCCGUUGAGAUGUUGCAACGAGGCACGCAGGCCAGCCUUGUGGCGGUGGUAAAUUUUGCCAUGGACUCCAAAUAUGCCGCUCCUGCUGCUUUCGACACAACAACAACAAAAACAGAAACUAUAUUUUCAACCGAUGCGCUCCGUGCAGUCUUCCAGGAUUUGCAGUUGGCGCUCUCUCAGGUGCUUCCUGCCUAUAUGAUUCCCACGUUGUAUGCACCGAUGUCUACUAUACCGAUGAAUGCAUCUGGAAAGCUUGAUCGACGGGUCUUGCGGACAAAACUCGAUUCUAUGUCAUUCGACGAACUACGGGUCUACAUGGCUGAUGACGGACCGAAGGCUGCCCCGUCUACCGACGCAGAAAAGCAGGUCCAGAGUCUGUGGUCAGAGGUGCUAGCUAUCAAUCCACAGGACAUAGCGCUAAGCGACAACUUUUUUCGCAUUGGCGGUGAUUCUAUAGCGGCAAUGCGGAUGGUGGCAUUGAAGGCUUCUCGCCGCUUGCGGCUGACUGUUGCCGACGUCUUUCAGCACCCACAAUUAUCGGAUUUGGCUUUUGUGAUUCAGAGACGACUACAAAUGGUCGAGGAUGGGGUUCAAGAAGAAGACUCGGCUCCGUUUGACUUGUGGGCGAAGUUCAAAGUCGAUGGUCUUGAUAGCACGAAGCGAGCCCAAGAACUUGCAAUUAUCGCUACACGAUGCGACAUCAGAGUGGACGACAUUGAGGACAUCUACCCUUGUACACCUCUCCAAGAAGGCCUUAUUGCGAUUACUACUCAUCAGCCAACAGCGUAUGUGAGCCGUCAAAUCUACAAACUAGCGCCUACUCUAGAUGUCGUUCGAUUUCAAAAAGCGUGGCAAACCUUGGCUCAAGUAACCCCGAUCCUCCGAACUCGCAUUUUAGCAGGAUUAGAUACCAGUGAUGUGUCGCUGCAAGUCGUUGUGCGUGGCAGCAUCACGUGGCAGUACGGCGCAGACUCGGGCACCUUGAGUGACUAUGUUGCCCAAGAUAGAAAGUCUGGUAUGAGACUGGGUCAGCCAUUGGUGCGAUUCGGCCUCGUCCGGAACUCUAGCGAGCAAUUCUUUAUCUGGACCGCCCACCACAGUGUGUACGAUGGCUGGAGCGUGUCUCUGAUGUAUCAGCAUCUGUACGAUAUCUACUUUGAUCAGCGAAUACCAUCCACAAUACCGUAUGCUCGGUUCAUCCGUUAUCUCAUCCGCCAUGAUGACGCCGCAAGUGAAAAGUACUGGCGAAGUCAGCUUCAAGGAGAAGUUGUGUCCAACUGGCCACCGUUACCACGUGCUGACUAUCAACCGAGACCGCAGCAGCGUUAUACAUGCGAUAUCAUCCUGCCGGAUCACACAAUGAACGAUCGGGUAAAUUCGCUUUUACCGAGUGUGCUUCGAGCUGCGUGGGGUGUGACAAUGAGCAAGUAUACGGGACAGGGCGAUGUAGUCUUUGGAGUCACUCUUUUAGGGCGCAAUGCUCCCGUUUCGCAGAUAACGGAAAUGACGGGACCAACAAUCACCACUGUACCAGUAAGAAUCCACUUAGACGGUCCACAACCUCUCACUAUCAACCAAUUCCUCCAAAAUGUACAAAAGCAGGCGGCGGAUAUGAUAAAUUACGAGCACGCGGGUUUGCAAGUAAUCAAAAAGCUUGUUCCAGAGCUCAAUUCAAGUCUGGAGCUACGAAAUCUGCUUGUCAUUCAACCUGCUUCCGAGACAGAUGGCACCGCUUUUCCAGGGCUAGAUCCACUACCUGUCGAUCUAGAAGGUUUCGACAGCUACGGACUCACAAUCGAGUGCUCCAUUUUAUCUGGAUUAGUCAAGGUUGAAGCCCGAUACGACGAAAAUGUUAUCGCUACUCCACAGCUUAAGCGAACAAUCAGAACAUUUGAGCAUGUUGUGAAACAACUACUUGAUGUUCGCAACAGUGUAUAUCGUCUAGAGGAAAUGUCUUGGCUGAGUGACUACGAUGAGGAAGCUAUCGCGAACUGGUCGAAGGCCACCCCUAUUCGCGUCGAAAGGUGCAUACAUGAACUGGUACAGGAGCAGACUAAACUUCGUCCAAAUGCCACAGCUAUCUGUGCUUGGGAUGGCAAUCUCACGUACGCUGAGCUUGAUAUGCAAGCUACAUGGUUAGCCCGAUACCUGACAAGCCUUGGAGCAUGCUCGCAGCGGAUGGUUGGCAUUUGUAUGGAUAAAUCCAAGUGGGCAGGAGUCUCGAUGCUUGCGGUAUUAAAGGCUGGAGCAGUAUUGGUACCUCUGGGUGUUAACCACCCAGAAGCACGUAUCAAGGCGAUGGUCGAUGAUACCGACACACAAAUAAUUUUGGUGGAUGAGAAGCAGCGAGAUCGACUUUCCAUUCAAGGCGUUAGACUGAUCACAGUCGACGCUGAUAUUCUGAAGAAAUUGCCUGUUCUUGCUGAAAAGGAAGAGCUACUAGGUAGCGUCAAUCCCGACGAUGCCGCAUGGGUCAUCUAUACGUCCGGUAGUACUGGCAAGCCGAAGGGAGUAGUAUUACAGCAUGUCGCCCUUUGCAGCAGUAUACAAGCCCACGGUGCUAGAUUUGGAAUGGGAACAAGUACCAGGAUGUUGCAAUUCGCUGCGCAUACUUUUGAUGCCUGUAUCCAAGACUAUUUCACUACAUUGUCUUGGGGCGGCGUAGUUUGCGUCCCAAGCGAGAACGAUCGCAUGAGCGAUCUGACAACCGCUAUGUGCCAAAUGAAAGUCACUUUUGCCACCCUUACCUCCACUGUUGCACGGCUUAUCGACCCUCAUAAAGUGCCCUCGAUGCAAAAAUUAGCUCUGGUGGGCGAACCGGUCAAGGCGGAUGUCGUGAAACAGUGGCUAGGCCACACCAUAGUUCUCAAUGCCUACGGACCUUCAGAAUGCUCUAUUCAUUCCUCUUGUGGAGAACCCCUAGCGGAUUCUACCAAAUCGGCAGUCAUUGGCACAGGAAUGGGCACAAGACUGUGGGUCGUCGAUGUGGAUUAUAACCAACUGUGUCCAAUUGGAGCCCCUGGAGAAUUACUUAUUGAGGGUCCAUUGCUAGCAAGAGAGUACCUCAACGACCCCAGGAAAACGAAAGCUGCCUUUGUUUCGGAUCCCAGAUUUGCUCAGAAGUUUGGUUUAGCACCCGGAACCCGCAUGUAUCGGACAGGAGAUCUUGUUAAGCAAAAUGAGGACUCGUCUAUUACGCAUCUUGGGCGACGUGAUACGCAGAUCAAGAUCCGGGGGCAGCGCGUGGAAGUUGGCGAAAUUGAAUUUCAAAUUGCACAACAUCCUCAAGUUCGGACUGUGGCUGUAGAACUACUCGAGCAAGACAGCAACGGAUCACAAGUAAUCCUCACAGCGGUGAUCGAGUUUACCGAGGAUAGUGAGUAUCGCAAUGGACCAGUGACUUCGUCGGGGUUAUUGACGCUCACUCCUUCGCUGUCGCUUGCAUUUGAAAUGCUACGAGGAGCGUUAUUCCAGGUCUUGCCGUCGUACAUGCUACCGAGCAUGUAUGUUCCAAUUGUAGACAUGCCCAUGAAUGUAAAUGGCAAACUCGAUCGCCGUGCAGUUCGCGACCUUUUGCAAGCUAUGACGCCUGAUGUUCGACAGCAAUACCUAUCAGCUAGCGAUCACAAAGUGGCGCCUUCCACGAGAGAAGAAUGCCUAGUUCAUUCUCUUUGGACUGAAGCAUUGAGCCUUUCCUUUAGCCAGGUGGGUAUCUACGAUAAUUUCUUCCAGAUUGGUGGCGACUCGGUCGUUGCCAUGCGUAUGGUUGCCACAGAAUCGGCUCGCGAGUUACAAUUGACAGUAGCGGAUUUGUUCCAACAUCCACGAUUGAUUGAGCUAGCAGAACUUCUCGCCAAGCGCUCUGUUGACAAAAAAGUAGAGGCAGACCCGGAACCAUUCUCGCUGUGGUUGGAGCCGCAAAUCGGAUCAGAGCAGCAACAAGAAAAACUGACGAUGGUUGCCAAGCAAUGUGGAAUCUCUGUCAACCACGUCGAGGACGUAUACCCAUGCACACCGUUACAAGUAGGUCUUAUGGCCAUCACAGCACGACAGCCAUUAGCAUAUAUCGACCGCCAAGUUUAUAAGCUUGCAGAUACUAUUGAUUUAGAUCGCUUUCAGGCAGCUUGGCGAGCUCUUUCAGACGCAACUCCGAUUCUGCGAACACGCAUUAUCACUAGUGAAGGACCGCAGUCGUUUCUUCAAGUUGUGGUGGGUGGAUGUGACCCGUGGAGGGAUAGUAACGAUCUAGAGGAUUACAUGGCUUCGGAUCGCGACGUGGGCAUUGCCCUUGGUAAACCACUUGUACGAAUGGGCUUGGUUCGAGAGCGAAACAGUGAAGAGCGUUACUUCGUCUGGACAGCUCAUCAUAGUGUGUACGACGGCACAAGCGCUCUUCUCAUGUAUCAACAGCUUGCAAGUAUCUAUUUCCACGGAAGCCUACUACCAACAGCGCCCUUUACACGAUUUAUUCGCUAUCUCGCUCGGAAAGAGGUAAUCGCGGCGGAAAGUGCAGCUUAUUGGGCUGAUCAGCUCCAAGGCGAGGUUAUGGCAAAUUGGCCUCCGCUCCCUCGCAUCGACUACCAGCCAAAGCCACAGCAUGAAAUGACGCAAAUCUUUCGACUUCCUCAGUUUGAGUCUCGGAGUGUUGUGACCAUCUCUAAUGUCAUUCGUGCCGCUUGGGCUCUCGUUAUGGCACAGCGCACCGGUCAUAGUGACGUAGUCUUUGCGGUGACAGUGUCAGGUCGGAAUGCACCUAUUUCUCAAGUCGACAGUAUCAUCGCACCUACCAUCAGUACGGUGCCAGUUCGCGUCCAAAUCGAUUGGACUCAGGACGUAGCUGGAUUUCUUUUCGCUAUCCAAAACCAGGCUGCACAAAUGAUAGAUUACGAGCAUACCGGCUUGAGGGCCAUCAAGGCUCUCGUCCCUGAGCUCGGUCCGACAUUGGACAUUCGAAAUGUUCUGGUAGUGCAAACAGCUGAAGAACGAGGAGCGGCUGAUCAUUUCCCCGGCAUUGAAGCACUUCCACAGGGAAAAGAAAAUUUUGACAGCUAUGGAUUGCUUACUGAGUGUACGCUCGGUACGGACGGCGAAGUGAGAAUCGACUUCCGCUAUGAUGACAAUGUCAUACCUUCUUCAUCGAUCAAAAGAAUCUCCGCGCAAUUUGCACACCUUGUGCAGCAGCUAUGCGGUAAUGCCACAUCCACACUCCACCGGCUGAAUGAGCUUGUUCUUAUCGCUCCUGAAGAUCAAGAACAAAUCAUGAAGUGGAACCCCAUGCUACCACCUCGGGUGGAUAGUUGCAUUCACGAGCUGUUUUAUAAACAAGUGAUGGCCAGACCUCAAGCAGAAGCCGUAUCUGGGUGGGAUGGCGAACUCUCAUACAGCGACCUAGCUGAUGAAUCCAUACGUCUCGCCUAUCAGCUGAUCAGUCUAGGCAUUGGCCCCGAGAUGAAGGUAGGCCUGUGUAUUGACAAAUCGAAAUGGGCUAUCAUUGCGAUUAUGUCCAUUCUUUUUGCCGGCGGAGUUGUUGUUCCCCUUGGCGUUACACAUCCUCUGCCUCGACUUGAUGUUGUUAUUGAAGAUGCUUCUAUCGAUCUGAUCCUCGUCGACCAACAUCAACGGAAGCGCCUUGCCGCUCUCAGUCAAAAUGUAAAAUUAAUCACAGUAAAUGACGCGUUGCUGAGGACCCUACCAGUCCACACAGAGCCUCCUGUGACUGGAGUGGUAUCUCGAAACGCUGCAUGGAUUAUUUACACUUCAGGUAGUACCGGCACUCCCAAGGGCGUUGUGUUAGAACAUGGAGGUUGUUGCACAAGCAUGAGAACACAAGGCAAGAAAAUGAACUUAUCAGCCGAGACACGAGCUUUACAGUUUACACCCUUUACUUUCGAUGUCAGCAUCUCUGACGUGUCUGCGACCCUGAUCUAUGGUGGGUGUAUUUGUGUUAUAUCCGAGAGUGACCGUGUCAACAACCUACCAGGAGCGAUACGGGAGAUGAAAGUCAAUUUUGCUAGUCUCACUCCGACCGUAGCCCAGAUGCUUUCACCCGCUGAAUUGCCAUCAUUGAAGACAUUAGCAUUGACCGGGGAAGCAGUUAAACCAGAAGUUGUCGAGUUAUGGAUGAAUUCAGUGGCACUUUACGAUACAUACGGACCAUCUGAGGGCUCGGUCUGUACAUGCAACGGGCCACUUUCAAGUCCUGAUCAAGCAGACAAUAUUGGAUUUCCGAUGUCUACACUACAUUGGGUGACGCAGCUACACAAUCACAAUCAACUUUGCCCUAUAGGUGCCCCAGGCGAACUUUUGAUCGAAGGGCCGCUGUUGGCUCGUGGCUACCUUAAUCAAGCGAGAACCAAAGAAUCGUUUGUCAAUGAUCCAGCGUUCACCAAGCAACAAACAGGUCUGCCCUCAGCCAGGCACAUAUACCGUACAGGAGAUCUGGUGCGUCAGAAUGAGGACGGUUCUUUUAUAUACCUCGGUCGACGUGAUGAUCAGAUCAAAAUACGAGGCCAGCGUGUAGAAGUUGGCGAGAUCGAAUAUCAGAUUGUUUGUGAAUUACCAGGGACUCAUUCGGCAGCCGUCGCUAUGCUGCAGGAUGGCAAAAACAUAAGUCUGAUUGCAAUUGUAGACUUCAAGAGUGACAGCGAACACUACCCUGGAGAGUUAGAAUCACUUGGAACGCUAGCUCCAACUCCUCAACUAAGAGCCGCUUUCAAUGAGCUUCGCCAGUCGCUGACCAAACUUUUACCGUCCUAUAUGGUGCCUGCAAUCUUUGUGCCAGUGGUGCAGAUGCCUACAAAUAUUUCCGGCAAACUCGAUCGACUUGGCGUACGUGCUCUGCUUCGAGCGAUACCAUCUGAUCACCUAGCACGAUAUAUGAUUGACGAAACCUUGCCAUCGGAGACACCUUCAACGAAGAUGGAGAAGGUCAUUCAGUCUCUAUGGGCUGAAGCUCUAGAUAUUCCGAUGGACAACAUCAGCGCCCAUGACAACUUUUUCCAAAUUGGCGGCGAUUCAGUCACAGCAAUGCGAAUUGUAGCAGCAACAACACGAACCAACCAACUGCAGUUAACGGUUUCGGAUAUCUUCCAAAACCCAAAAUUAUCGGACCUGGCGUCUGUGAUGACUGAGCAUAGAAAAAACCACUUCGACGUCAUGGACGAAGAUCCAGAACCGUUCUCGUUAUGGGAGGCUGUGAUAAGUGACAAUUCGAACGAGCAAAAACGACAAAUUGAAGCCAUUGCACAGCAAUGCAAUGUUUCUGUCGACGAUAUUGAAGAUAUUUAUCCAUGUACGGCACUUCAAGAGGGUCUACUAGCUGUUACAGCUCGUCAAACGUCUGCGUACGUCAGCCGUCAAGCAUAUGUCCUGUCUGAUCAAAUCGAUAUAUCUCGCUUCAAAGAGGCAUGGCGCAAGUUGGUGGCGGGGAUACAUAUAUUACGAACACGUGCUGUUGUUGGACCAGAUUCUUUAUUGCAAGUAGUAGUACGGGAUGAGAUCACCUGGCGACAUGGCUCGAAUCUAGAGGACUACAUCCAGCAGGAUAAAGAGGAAGGUAUAAGACUGGGUCAGCCGCUAUCACGUUACGGUCUUGUUCAACUACCUUCUGGCGAACAGGUUUUUGUUUGGACAGCACAUCACAGUAUAUAUGAUGGCUGGACCAUUCGCUUGAUGUGCCGUCAACUCAUCAGUCUUUACCGACAAGAGGAAGAUAUAUCUACAUCUAUUCCUUAUUCACGUUUCAUCCAAUAUCUCACUCAAAUAAAUAUUGAGGAUAGCAUCGAAUACUGGCGUGAACAGCUCAGGGGAGAAUCAGUAACCGCAAAUUGGCCUUCGCUUCCUCAACCCAAUUACGAGCCCCGACCACGACACUUGCUCAGAAAGCAUAUCUCAUUGCCUCGUACUGAGAACCAAGGUAUCGUGAUGUCAAACAUAUUGCGAGCAGCCUGGGGUUUGGUCAUGAUCCAAUACUCUGGUGAGAACGAUGUAGUUUAUGCAGCUAACCUGUCUGGUCGCAAUGUACCAGUCAGAGACGUGGCUGAAAUUUGUGCUCCAACAAUAACCACGGUACCUAUACGACUCCGCUUGGACCAUACUAGCACGCAGACCGUGGGCGACUUCUUGCAAAAUAUUCAACAGCAAGCUAUUGAGAUGAUCAACCAUGAACACACUGGUCUACAGGUGAUCAAGUCGCUUGCCCCAGAACUAAGCGAUUCCGUGUUGAAGCUUCGAAACCUUCUCGUCAUCCAGCCUGCGGCUGAGAGUGACACACAUCUCGACUUUCCUGGAAUUGAACUUGUCCCAUCGGAUAUCGCGGACUUUGACGCCUAUGGAGUCAACAUUGAGUGCACGUUGGGACAAGAGAUUGCUGUUGAAGCACGCUACGAUGAGAACGUCGUUGAAACCCCUUACAUGAACGGGGUCCUAGAUCAGUUCGUGUACAUUGUUGGACUAUUAUGUGAUCCGUCAAUCUCAAGAUGGAAUGCAACUGUACCUGAGCGUGUCACUAAAUGUAUACACGAGCUCGUGCAAGAGCAGGCACUGGCACGCCCAACGGCUUUGGCAGUUCAAGCCUGGGAUGGAAAGCUCACCUAUGGUGAACUAGACAAUCUAGCUAAUCGACUCGCACACCAACUCGUUUCUUUUGGCAUUGGAUCUCUCCCUGAUCAGAUGGUGGGUGUAUGCAUGGAAAAGUCCUUGUUCGCAGUGGUGGCUAUGCUAGCAGUACUCAAAGCUGGAGGUGUUGUCGUUCCAUUAGGGGUUACUCAUCCCAUAACGCGGCUCGAUACUAUUAUCCAUGACACGGGGAUUACCGUGUUACUUGUGGACGCUAGCCAAGACGAGCGCCUAGCUGAACUAAGUCCUACGCGAAUCUUGGUCAAUUCAGAUCAUCUGUACCAUUACCUACCUGCUCGGACACAACCCCCUAAGACCCCAGUCAACCACAUGGACGCAGCAUGGGUUAUCUACACUUCAGGAACAACGGGCACUCCCAAAGGAGCCGUCUCGGAGCACGGUACUCUGAGCACAAGUAUCAAAGCCCACGGUGCUAGAUAUGGAUUUGGCCAUCAUACACGGAAACUCAAUUACGCAGCCCAUACCUUCGACGGCACAAUCGAAGACUUCUUUACGACUCUUUCGUGGGGCGGAGUAUGCUGCAUACCUUCUGAAGAGGACCGGAUGGACAAAUAUAAAUUGAUGGAGUUCAUGAAUUUGACAAAAGUUAAUUCUGCUGCCAUGACGUAUACCGUUGCCAGUUUGCUCUCUCCAAGGGACCUGCCAACCUUACAUACUCUGGUACUGGGAGGGGAGCCCGCAACAAUUGAUGUCGUAAGUACAUGGAUGACAGAAGUCAACCUGUUCAACUGUUACGGCCCGUCAGAAUGUUCAAUAUUCUCUGCCGCCGCCGGCCCAACCAAGAAUACAAACGAGCUCCAUAAUAUUGGAUUUCCUAUCGGAACGCGCCUGUGGGUAGCUGAUAUCGAGAAUUAUCACAAGCUAGCUCCUAUUGGAGCUCCAGGUGAGCUUCUGAUUGAGGGCCCUCAACUAGCCCGUGGCUAUUUGAAUGAUGAAAGCAAGACUAGCGCUGCCUUUAUCGUUGACCCGGCAUUCACAACACACUUUAAGCUACCACUUGGGACUCGAAUGUAUCGUUCUGGCGAUAUUGUGCGUCAGAAGAACGAUGGUUCAUUAGUCUACGUCGCAAGGCGUGACAUGCAAGUGAAAAUACGCGGUCAGCGAGUCGAGAUAGGAGAAAUCGAGUCCCAAAUUUCGCAGCAUAUCUCGGAGGCUCGUACUAUAGCUGUAGAAUUACUGAAGCUGGGAACGCAAAGCCAGCCAGUCCUGGUUGCCGCCGUGGAAUUUGCGGAUGGAAGUCAGUAUCACACUGGCGAUGUCACGUCUUUUGGUAUGCUUGCACCAACUGAAGCAAUACGGGAAGCCUUCAUCAAGCUCCGGGGAACUUUGUUUCAAGUCCUCCCCGGAUAUAUGGUGCCAUCGGCAUAUCUAACUAUCGCUGAAAUGCCUCGCAAUAUCUCGGGCAAGCUUGAUCGCAAAACUCUGAGGACCAUGCUAGAAGCUAUACCUGCUGACGCAAUCCAACAAUAUCUGGAUGGAGAAGCUAAAACAUUACCGUCAACUCAAGUGGAGCUUCAACUACAAGCUCUUUGGGCCGAAGCUCUAGGCAUAAGCGUGGACGGAGUGGGUGCUCAUGACAACUUCUUCCAGCUCGGAGGCGACUCUGUUGCUGCGAUGCGUAUUGUCGCGAUGAGUCAAGCUCGUGAAAUGGGACUGAGCGUCGCAGAUAUCUUCGCCUACCCUCGUUUGUCCGAGUUAGCGGUAAUUUUGGAUGGACGAAAAAACAGCAAUGAGGUAUUCUACUCGGAUCCGGAACCAUUUGCUCUCUGGCCACGCGCAACGAACAAAGUGUUAGACGAGAAUACGCUGCUGGCAGACAUCGCAUCCAAAUGCAAUGUCACUGUGAACCAGAUUGAAGACAUCUACCCUUGCACGCCGCUCCAAGAAGGUAUGAUAGCGAUUACAGCAAGGCAAUCCGCUGCUUACGUGAGCCGCCAAAUAUACGCACUCGACACAACAGUGAUUGAGCUGGGCAAAUUUCAGAGAGCCUGGCAGGUGCUGGCCAAUGCAACUCCAAUUCUGCGAACUCGACUCGUGAUCACGCAGAACGGUCAGUCGAUGCAAGUGGUACUUCGCGACACAAUCGCAUGGCGACAUAGUACCGACCUUGACGCGUAUGUGAACGAGGACCGUGCCGAGGGAAUCUCCCUUGGCCAGCCGCUGUUGAGGUAUAGUCUCGUCAAGCAAAUCACUGGCGAAUGUUUCUUUGUCUGGACAGCUCAUCACAGUAUCUACGAUGGCUGGACUAUGCGUUCGAUCUGUCAGCGGCUUGUUGAGAUGUACAACAAUAUCGACAAUUCCAGCUACCAAAUGCCUCAAUCCGUACCAUACUCGCGUUUUAUUCAUUAUCUGACUCAAAGUGAUAAGUCGGCCGCGGCAACCUUCUGGCGUCAGCAACUACAUGGCGACAUAAUGGCUGACUGGCCAUCUUUGCCUAGUAUCGAUUACCAGCCAAAGCCACAACAUCGGGACAGGAAGACGAUCAGAGUUGCAGGAUCUACCAGCAAAAAUAUCCUGACUUCUAACAUACUUCGAGCAGCAUGGGCCUUACUUAUGUCGCAAUAUACAGGACAUCCGGACGUUGUAUUUGCAGCCUCUGUCUCUGGCCGCAAUGCCCCCGUCUGGCAAAUAGGUGAAAUUGCUGGUCCAACCCUGACUACGGUACCUGUCAGAGUGCAAGCCAAACCUGGCAUGACGGUGAGACAAUUCAUUCAAGAAGUGCAGGAACAAUCAACAGCUAUGAUUCGUUUCGAGCACACGGGAUUGCAAAAUAUCAAAGCCCUUGUGCCUGAAGCAGCAAUGGCUUUGGAACUACGCAAUGUUCUUGUGGUGCAAAUUGCGGAGGAAAGUGAUCAUCGCAUUGACUUCCCAGGGCUAGAGGCUCUGCCAAUGCCAUUUGAAGAUUUUGAUAGCUUUGGCAUCCAUCUCGAAUGCACGCCAGGAUUGGAUGACAUUGAAGUCGAGGCUCGCUAUGAUGUCAACAUCGUAUCGGCCCCACAUAUGAAGAGAGUCCUCAACCAGUUCGAGUAUGUGGUCCAAAAAUUCCACGACUCGGAAUACAGCGAUUUCUCCUUGCAGAGUAUUCAGCUCAACCCACACGACGAACGCCAAAUAUUGGAAUGGAACGCAACUGUGCCAUCGCACACCGAGCGAUGUGUACAUAAUUUAGUAGACGACCAUGUCGCCGCUCGACCCAUGGCCCCUGCGAUCUGUGGAUGGGAUGGAGAUUUAACUUAUCGGGAGCUCUCGCGAAUAGCCACUUCUCUCGCCUUUCAUCUUCAACAUGAGCUGGGUGUAGGACCGGAGCAAAAGGUUGGCGUGUGUAUGGACAAGUCGAAAUGGGCUGUGGUCGCCAUGCUUGCGGUGAUGUACGCUGGCGGUGUAGUUGUCCCUCUAGGAGUCGCUCACCCUCUGACUCGGAUCAGAGGCAUCUUAAUAGAUUCUGCGUCAAGCGUGGUAUUAGUCGACGCCACACAAAGAGAGAGGCUGGUUGAUUUGCAUACCUCGUUGAUAUGUGUCGAUGCCAAGCUCAUAGCGCGUCUGUCAAGCCAGAACCAAAAGCAGAACCAGACACAAAAGCUGCAAGUAGAGGUGACCCCUGGUAAUCUAGCCUGGGUGGUCUAUACCUCUGGAAGCACGGGGAAGCCUAAAGGAGUUAUGCUGGAGCACAGAGCAUUAAGUACCGCUCUUCAGGCGCAUGGAUCUGCCUUCGGAAUGGAUACUAACACCCGCACGAUUCAGUUUGCGGCUCACACAUUUGACGCUGCUAUACAGGACAUAUUUACAACCUUCUCCAAGGGUGGCUGCGUCUGUAUUCCAUCAGAACAUGAUCGCGUCAACAACCUCACUAAGGCAAUGGCUUCCAUGAAUGUGAACUUCGCAAAUUUUACCUCGACUGUUGCGUCAAUGCUUGUGCCAGAAGAACUUCCGUCCCUGAAGACCAUGAUCCUGGCUGGUGAAGCCGUCACUCCGACUGCAGUGGGACUCUGGUCGCAACACGUUACUAUCUUCAACUCUUACGGUCCUUCCGAGUGUUCAAUUAACUCAUCAUGCAGCAAGCCCGUCAAGGAAGUUAGUCAAGCAUCGAAUGUUGGUUUGCCAUUGUCAUGCUGUUUUUGGGUUACAAAUACUACCGACUACAACUCUCUCUGCCCCAUCGGUGCACCUGGGGAGCUUCUAAUUGAGGGUCCGAUUCAGGCAAGAGGCUAUUUGAAUGACAAAGAGCAAACAAACAAGUCCUUCGUGACAGAUCCUGGCUUCACUAAGAAAUUAGGCCUUUCCGGACGUCGUAUGUAUCGAACUGGCGAUUUAGUGCGACAAAACGCAGAUGGUACACUUACCUAUCUUGGUCGUCAAGAUCUUCAAGUUAAAAUCCGUGGUCAACGAGUAGAAAUUGGCGAGAUUGAAUAUCAAAUCAAGAAAAAGCUACUUGGUGCUCGCACAGUUGCCGUUGAGAAAAUCGAGCAAGGCGGCCACAGUGAGCAGACCCGUCUUGUAACUAUGAUGGACUUCAAGGAUACGAGUGAGCAUUCUCAUAACCCCGACAUUCUUGCUUCUGGGGCAUUAUCGCCGACGCCCAAACUUCAAACCGCGUUCGAAAAGUUACGCCAAUCACUCAGCGAAGUCUUGCCAUCGUACAUGGUUCCGACUUUCUACGUACCUGUGGCUCAAAUGCCGGUCAAUGCCUCGAAUAAACUUGAUCGACGAGCCGUCAAAGCAGUUCUUGCCAGUCUGACACCAGACGCUUUGCAACAAUACCUACCUGGUGGCACAGAUACAAAACAGGCUCCGGACACCGAUUUAGGACGACUGAUUCAAGGCCUUUGGGCUGAUGCACUCGGCAUUAGUACUGAUACUAUCAGCAUGACUGAUAACAUUUUCCACUUAGGUGGAGACUCCGUGACAGCAAUGCGCAUAGUGGCAGCGGCAUACUCUCAUGAACUUCAACUCACUGUCACAGACAUAUUUCAGCACCCUCAGCUUGCUGAUUUAGUAAAUACCCUGAGCAAUCGUUCGCUUGAACGCAACACUGAGAUACAGGAGGAUCCAAUGGCCUUCGAACUUUGGGAGGAGGCAGCUAGCUGUAGUACCGAGGAGCGGAAAAGGCUUUUGACUGAAGUCGCAGCGCAAUGCGGCGUCGCUGUUAGCCAUAUUGAGGACGUCUACCCCUCAACGCCGCUACAGGAAGGGCUCAUGGCUAUUACUGCAAGACAGCCUGCCGCUUACGUUAGUCGUCAAGUGUACACCCUGGCAAAGACAGUGGAUCAACUCAAGUUCAAGAUGGCUUGGCAGGCUUUGUCUAGUGAAGCUCAUAUUCUUCGCACUCGGCUCUUGGUUGCGCCUCACGGCCUUCAAGUUGUGGUCAAUGACAGGAUCGAUUGGCAUCAUGGCACGGAUUUGGAAAACUAUUUGCAAGCUGAUCGCAGAGCCGGUAUGUCUCCUGGGAAGCCAUUAGUGCGGUAUGGCUUGAUUAAACAGCCAUCUGGGGAGACAUUUUUUGUUUGGACUUCUCACCAUUCCUUAUAUGACGGAUGGACUCUCCGCUCGCUUGGUAAACGACUUCUUGAUCUCUACAACGAUGGUAGCCCCCAGUCUUUUGUUCCAUUCUCACGCUUCAUCCGAUAUCUUCAGUUUGGUCGCCCUGGUAAUGAUGAUACCGCAACGUACUGGAGAAACGAACUCGAAGGCGAUAUCGUUACUGACUGGCCAUCCUUACCACGCUCUGACUAUCAACCCCUGCCACGAGACAAUUUUAGUCGUGCUAUCACGCUCCCUGAUAGUCAUCAUUCGGGCAGUGUGGUUAUGUCCAACGUUAUCCGCGCUGCUUGGGCUUUGGUCAUGAGUCAAUACGCAGGCCACAACGACGUGGCUUUUGCUGCGACAGUAUCAGGCCGGAAUGCUCCAGUGUGGCAAAUUGAGGAUAUACCAGCUCCAACUAUCACCACAGUGCCAUUACGGAUAUCUGUAGAUCCGAUGCAAACAGUUGCCGAGUUCCUAGACACAGUCCAACAACAAGCCGUUAGAAUGAUUGACUACGAACACACCGGGCUACAGGGGAUCAAGGCGCUGGCACCAGACCUGGGACCUGCCAUAGACUUGCGCAAUCUGUUGGUAGUCCAGCCAGCUGCUGACAGCGAUAGUAAUGUCCAACUCGACUUUCCAGGGCUUGGUUCUGUAUCAAUGCCCAUUGAGCCUUUCAACAGCUAUGGCCUCACCGUUGAAUGCAAGCUCGCAUCACAUGAGAUCGUGGUAGAUGUUCAUUACGACAAGGAUGUUAUCUCUUCUGCGCAAUUGAAACGUGUUAUAGAUUUCUUUGCUUGUGUAGUUCAGCGGAUUCUCACCCAAUCGCCCAGAUCAUAUCGAAUCCAGGAAAUCGUGGCGAUUGGGGAAGAAGACUUACAACAAGUCUUGGCAUGGAACUCGACUAUUCCGCCCAAUGUGGAUAAAUGUAUCCACGAAAUGGUACAGGCGCAAGUGAAGAAAAGUCCUGCGGCGUUAGCGAUAAGUGCGUGGGAUGGCGACCUUACCUACGAAGAAUUUUUCAAGAGCUCUGCGCGACUUGCACACCACCUUGUUGCUCUUGGAGUGAAUACAGGGAGCAACAUAGGAAUUUGUAUGGAUAAGUCGAAGUGGGGUCCUGUCUCGAUGCUCUCAAUCAUGCAAGCAGGAGCUGCCAUAAUGCCAUUAGGAACAUCGCACCCGCUCGCGCGGAUCGAGACUAUUGUGCGCAACUCCGAAGCAUCUGUCAUCAUUGUCGACGAAAAACAAAGACAACGGCUUGAUCAACUCUACACCGAGACAUCAUUAACUCUAGUGACUGUGGAUUCCAAAUUCUUCAAACAGCUUCCAGCUCAAACUAAAGCUCCUUCGACUGGCGUCCGACCGAGUGAUGCAUCUUGGUUGAUACACACGUCAGGAAGCACAGGAGUUCCCAAGGGUGUGAUCAUUGACCAUGUUACAAUGUCGACAAGUCUCCGGGCACAGGGAUCCUGGCUAGGAUUGAAUCAAAAGUCAAGAUUCCUGCAAUUCUCCAACUACACAUUUGACAAUGUUAUUACCGAUACAUUUGCCACGACAGUAUUUGGAGGAUGUGUUUGCGUCCCAUCAGAGGACGCUCGCAUGAACAACUUACCCGGAUUCAUGGCUACAGCAAAUGUCAACGUCGCCAUGCUCACGUCUACUGUGGCCCGACAAAUCUCACCUUCACAGGUGCCAUCGCUACACACACUAAUACUGACAGGUGAGCCGGUACGCGCGGACGUGGUCAGUACUUGGUUAGGUCAUGCGGAUAUCUACAACGCUUACGGACCUACGGAAGGCUCUAUGAGCACUUGCACCAAGCCGAUGAUGAGAUCCGACCAGGUUUCGAAUAUUGGCUAUCCGUUAGCCACGCGUGCUUGGAUCACGCAGCCAGAUCAUAUUCAGCUUUCCCCUAUUGGAGCACCCGGAGAACUCUUCAUCGAAGGGCCCCUUUUGGCACGAGGCUAUCUCAACAAUCCCGAGAUGACUCGUGAUUCAUUCAUAAUUAAUCCUGAGUUCACCAAGCGUCUAGGCUUAGAGAAUCGCCGAGUAUACCGCACUGGAGAUCUUGUCCGUCAAAAUGAGGAUGGAUCUCUGAUUUAUCUUGGGCGGCGGGAUUUACAAGUAAAAAUUAGAGGCCAGAGAGUUGAGGUUGGUGAAAUCGAACUCCAAAUUAUUAAGCACACGCCAGGAGCGGAAUUGGUAGCUGUGGAGUUGAUACAGCAAAAAGAUACCAAAGAAGAGAAAAGGAAUUUGAUCGCAGCAAUCGAGUUUGCAAAAGAUAGCGAGCAUUGCCACGGCUCGCAAAACACUCCUGGGCCGCAAAUACUGGCACCAACAGAUGCAUUACGCGAUGACUUCGCACGUUUGCGGGGGCUUUUGUACCAGGUUUUACCAUCUUAUAUGAUACCGUCAGCGUUUAUACCCACUACCAAUCUAGAUCGAAAUUUGUCCGGCAAGCUCGAUCGAAAGGGACUGCGCGGGUUAUUAGAAGCUCUGUCAAGUCAACAGCUGCGACAAUAUUCUGCCAGUGGAGGAUCUAAAGUGAACCCAUCUACUACCAUGGAACGACAAUUACAGACACUUUGGGCUGAGGCACUUGGUAUUCCUGCAGAUCAGGUCGGGGCACACGACAACUUCUUUCAAAUUGGUGGUGAUUCUAUGGUUGCAAUGCGUGUUGUUGCUGCAUCUCACUCGAAAGAUCUCAAUCUGAGAGUUAACGAUAUAUUCCAGCAUUCAUGUCUUUCAGAUCUGGCAGUAGUAUUGACCGACCGACUAGCUCACAACUUCAAUGGUGGUCAAGAUGGUCACGCCCCUUUCUCUUUGAUCAAGACGGAUGACAUUGACGACUUUCUUCAACAAAUAGCAAGUUCCGUCGUUGGAUGUGCCAUACAGGACAUUGUUGAUAUCCUCCCAACUACUGACUUUCAGUCAUCGAUCAUCGAUACAGCUUUGGCGGCACCUAAAUCUGGAACAUCUCAUUUUCUCCUUGACGGAAAUGGCCCAUGCGACACACGAGCGCUCAAGAAGAGCUGUCUUGAGCUGAUCCAGGCCACCGAUACAUUACGUACAGGUUAUGUAUUCGAUCAAGGCAAUUUGCUUCAAGUUAUUCAAGCUUAUUUUGAGCCGGAAAUCAAGAUCUACGAGACUGAUUCAACUAUCGAGGCUGUCACAGAGGAUAUAGUCAGCAGGGACAUGUACCAACCCAUUGGCUUGGGUCGACCGUUCACUCAAAUCGCAAUUAUUCGAGAGACUGCAACAUUGAAACAUCGGGUCCUCCUCCGUCUUACUCAUGCAGAAUAUGAUGCUCAUUCCAUGGGUUCCAUUUGGCAAAAUCUUCGAUCACUGUAUGAGGGUGGGUCAACUCGGCCGCAAGCUAAGUUCUCCGACUUCUUGUACAAUCAGAGGCAAAGCAUAAAUGCCGAUACCUAUGACUACUGGCGAGACCUGCUAAAAGGAUCAUCCAUGCCUGCAAUCAACUUAUCGGCGAAGAAGAUUGGCCAAUAUCCAUCGAAGGUCAAUCAAGAUCUGUUUCGCACUAUCGAGACCCCCGAUUUGAUGGUUGAAGGCAGAACUAGCGCAAUGCUCGUAAAAUCAGCAUGGUCUCUCGUUCUAAGUCAAUUUUUGAGAGUUAAUGACGUCGUGUUUGCGGACACUGUCUCAACACGAACCACGGUUGAUUCAUCUCUGAUGGACGCAAUGGGCUGUUGCGUCACUCUCAUCCCAUUCCGAGUCACGCUAGAACAGCAAUGGACAAUCAAGGAUUUGCUAGACAACGUGCGUGAUCAACAGUCACAAAGUAUGCAGCAUUCUCAACUGGGAUUUCGUGAAAUUCUGCGUGAGUGUACAGACUGGCCUGCCUCGACCCGCUUCACAUCUGCCCUCAACCACAUAUCCAGCGGACCGGAAUCCUCUAUUUUCUCAAUGCGUGGUGUUGAGUAUAGCAUCUCAGAAAUGGAGAUCAAAGAUCCUCUGUGGGAAAUUGACGUUGGAAUUACUACAAUCCAGCGCGGUAGUGAGCUCGAAAUACGAUUAUCUUACCUGCCUGCCAAUAUAUCAGAAAGUGUCGCGACUAGCCUCUUAGACGCGCUUCACAACACUUUGCAGUUCAUCCACAACAAUCCUCUUUCACCUGUCAAACAGGUAUUGUCGUUCCAUACCGACAUGAAAAUACAAAACGGGUCAUCAAAUUAA